AAAUGUCUCCACUCAAUCCAGAUUGCAUUUAGUCAAAGCUCUGAAUAAUUAAUAUCUGCCCUUUCACUUCUACUUCAGCGAGUUUCCUAAUGUUGGAGAGACCAUUCGUGGGGUCCCUCAAAAGUUGUGCAGCUCCAUCACUGCUGUUUUCAGAUAACAUGAAGCUACUGCUCGUGCUUGCGGUCAGCACUCAACUCUUCCAGCCCUCGCUUGCAGCCUCCUUCAGAGCCCUCUCCUGUAAUGAGCAGAAGGUGGUGAAGGCAGCAGAACUGGCCGUGGAGCACAUAAAUGCUGACCAGGCAGGAGGAUACAAGUAUGUGCUGAACAAAAUUGAAAAUGCCCAGGAAGAGAGAAGGAAGUUGGGCACACCUUCUGUUUACUUCGAAUUUGAGAUACUAGAAACCAGAUGCCACUCACUGAAUCCCAAACCUGUGGCAGAGUGUGAAGUACGAUCAGGUCCUGAAGCUAUUUCUGGUGACUGUAAAAUACGAUUACAAAUGAAUAGAACAACACGAUGCAUAGAGGUUGACAGGUACUGGUGCUUAAUAUCACCAGAUUCGGAUGACAUGGUUCUGAGCCGGUGUCCAGCCUGCCCACAUCGUAUAGCUUUAAAUCAUUCAGAUGCCAGUUCCGCUGUUGCAGCAGCAUUGCAAAAGUACAACCAAAACAGCAGCAGAGCAAAUAAUUUUGCUGUAGAGAAAAUAACAAAAGCUUCCUCCCAGAAGCUUGCUGGGAAGAAAGUAUUUGUUGAAUUUGUAAUCCAGGAAACUACAUGUCCCAAAGCUUCUAAUCUCCCUAAUUGUCCAGUGAAUGAAGGCCAAUUUGCUUCUGGUAACAAAGGUUUCUGCACUGCGUCUGUCUAUAAACCUAUUUCUGGGCAAGAGAAAGUUGAAGUGAAUUGUGAACACUACAGGCCAAAGGUGGUAGUCAACUCGGCUAAGAAUAAAGCUACAAGUUGUAUCCAACAAAAACUUCAACAAAAAGGACAAGAAAAAAGAAAUAAGAGGCAAACUCAUCGUAAGAAGCAACCUGGUAAUAAACGGGCAAACCUACAGGGUGGAACUCCCAAGAGAACGGAAUCCUCUGAGGAAGUACAGGGUGCACUGGGUUUUGAAAUAGGCACAGGCAGUAGAAGUAACUUUCCAAGACUGCCUGCACCACGAAAUAUCUGCCCAGGGAGAGCUCGGUACUUUGGAGCAACCACUGCACCUGUCUGAUGUGCUUCUGAAAUAAAUCCAGAGAGGAGAUUCACAACAGACUGAAAAUCUGUUCUUUUUUAAGAUCAAGAAGUAGUUUAUACUGACUUUGAAGGCACAGAUCUGAAGCACAUUUCAAAAGGAAGACCGGAAAUGAUAUGCAUGAUUGAUUAAGUUUAAAAUAAAAAAUAGUCUGAAAUAAA